UGGGACGGCCCAUUGUCUAGCGCCGGCAGGUCGUACUUCCCCUUCCCGGAGCUAAAAACUCCACAGCCCUCCGCUCAUACCUCCGAAGUAGCCGUUGCUUUUACUCUCUCUCUCUGUCUAUUCUGGUCAAAGUGAUGGCCUCGUAUGCUACGUUACUGGAGAAAACUCGCGUCCCUCAACCUUCCAUACAGAGAUUCGCUGUGAUUUCCGUUUUCUCCAAGUUACGAUCUGCUCCACAACGAUUGGGUUCGGAAUCCGAAGCCGGAAGAGAAGCUAUCUCCUUCUGCCUCACCUCCGCAUCUGCCACUGUCGUUGAUCAAUCCGUUCGUGAGCUAUGUCGAUUAGUAUCAGACUCCGUUCUCGACCCCUCCCGCGGGUUGCUGGAACUUCAAGCUGCUCUCGAAGGGUGCGACUCGAAAUUGGUUCCCCUAUUUGUGAAGGGUUUAGGGUUUUUGAUUCGAAUCGGGUACGAACAGAGAGAUGGGAAUUGGAAGUUCAAUUCGACGGAGAAUCAUCCGUUUGUCAGGAUUCUUUCUAGCCGAGCGGAGACACAGACGGAGCUUCUUCACCAAGUAUCACUCUUUGUGAUGCAUAAUCGGCGAUUGGGGAUUGUAAGAGUAUGUGAGUUUCUGGAGCCGUUCCUGAAUUUCACAAUUCUACGUAUCCCACUUGCAGAUUCAUCGCCGUCUCUGUUUGCGAGGGAAUUGAUGUCAUCAAUGGCUUCCCUUUGUUGUUCAUGCCGCCACGAAGCACUGCCACUAUUCAGAUUACUUAUGCGCUGCCUACAAUAUAUCCCAGGCAAAAAUUCGGAAGACAAGAGAAAUUUCAGCUGCAUUGUAAAGACUCUGGUGGAUGCCUACACUGUGGUUGUGAGAGACUUGGCUGGAACUAAAUUGGAAGUAAUAGACGUUCAUCUGCUCGGUGUGCAACUGGUAGAUACCGUACUUUUGCUUUGUGCCUCUCCUCAUAUCCAAAUCACCGAACAAGAGCCUGUGAUCGAAUCGUUGAGGCACUUGUUAGCUAUUCAGAAAGACCUUGGAUUACCAUAUUCACGUGAUUUAUCCUUGGUGGUUCUCUCUCUCAUUUUCAUGCUUGCCAAGUCCAGCGUCGAGCAUGAGCAACUAUCUAUUUUAAAGUUUCUGCUUUUUCUGCUCAAAUGGAAAUGUGAAAAUGAAUUGAUACUUUUCAAUUAUUUUGUAGAAAACUUGUUGGUUGGAGAUGCAGCCUGUUCAAGUGUGGAGCCUUUAUUAUUGUUCCCUAUCAUCGCUCUGAUGUCUUCUCCUUCUAAAUCAGUCAAGGGAGCAGCAAGUAAGGUUCUUUCUAUCGUAGAAAAUGCCUUGGUAACAAUGUCAAAUGCACCUAAGGUUGAGAGCCAGACAAGUAUGGGAAAUUCAUCACUCAGCAGGGUGGGCUCUCUCGUAUCAAGGAUCAUGCAGCAACUCUGGCAUCAGAAUGACUACACACCUUCCACGUCCUCCUUCCUCAGAGUGGCUUACAUCAAUGGAAGUGAACCACAGAAAACUUAUCCUGGACCAACGACUUGGAAUUGUCUACUUAGGGAACAUGCUGAACGGUUUUGUGAUAGAAAAAAGCUAUCUGCAUCGUUUCGUAUUUCACAAGAGAUACCUAUUCUACUUGGUGCUGUUGCUGGUGUCUUGGUGUUGCAUCCAUCCCUAGGACCUGAUGCAAUUGAUUCUUUGGCUGAUAUUGGUCGCAUUGAUCCUAAGAUGAGUGUCCCGCUGUUGCUAGUUGUUCUAUAUUACAGCAACUUGUUAUCUCGAACUGAUGUCCCUUGUCAGAGUCUAUUGUCAAAACUUCUGAGGUUGCUCCCAUCACUAGCUGCACAACAGGUGAUGAUUCCACUUGUAGUUCAGACGAUCACACCAAUGCUAGACAAGGAUGCGAAAGGUCUGUUGUAUGCUACAGCCAUUAGAUUACUUUGCCACACCUGGGAAGUCAAUGACCGUGCUUUUCCGAGCUUGCAAGAGGUAUUACGCCCGAAAGGAUUUAUAGACUUUAUUUCAGAGAGACAUAUCUGCAUUAGUAUGGCUGUUUCCAUUCACGAUGUAUGCAAGAGACAUGCUGAUAGGGGAGUAGACCUAAUCUUGUCAGUUCAGGCCUGUAUAGAAAGCCAAGACUGUUCAGUUCGAGCACUUGGUUUUCAGAGUCUUUCCCAUCUGUGUGAAGCUGAUGUCAUUGAUUUCUAUACUGCAUGGGGUGUCAUUGAGAAACAUGCUCAAAACAUUAAACUGGAUCCUCUCCUUGCAUAUAGUGCAUGCCUUCUUCUAAAGUGGGGUGCAAUGGAUGCCGAAGCAUAUCCUGAACUAGCAGAAAAGGUUCUGAACAUUUUGUGGGAAAUUGGGAGUUCUAUGCAGAUACCUCGUGAUUCCCAAUGGACAAAGGCAAGAGUCGCUGCCUUAAUGGCCCUUGGUCAAUAUGAGGUAUCAUUUUUGGAAAAGCAAAUUUCUGACUUCAACAAGAAUUGUGCAUAUUUGCUAUUCUCGGAGACCAAUACAAAAAUUCUGAAUGCUUUAGAAGACCUUUCAAUCAAAAUCAUGAUCCACGAGCACAGCGUCCGGCGUAGAUAUGUAAGAGAGAAGAAAGUUCCUGGUAGUAAGAUUGAGAAGCUGCUGGAUGUGAUUCCUCAGGUCAUUUUCCCUGCAGAGAAAAGAAUUAAGACUGGAGAACUACCUGGUGCAGCAUUAUUAUGCCUAUCUUUUAGUCCCAAAGAUGUGAAGUUUGGGUCAUCAAGAAGCUUUCGUGAUAUACAUGGUCAAUACGAGGAGGCAUUUAAAGUAGUAGUCAAAUCUCUCCACCUCUCAAGAAAUAUUUCCCUUGCACUUAUUUCAUUGCAAUCCCUGAAGGCUUUUAUGUGGCGUUGGAUGAGAGCUAAUAUGUUGUCCAUUGAUGCCACGGCUACAGAAUUCUCAUCUGAUAAAACUUUUAAAGCCGCAAACAGCAUCAUGAAGAGUUUGGUAUACAUAUCUGAAGAAACUCUUCCUAGGUCUGCAGAAAACAUAGCACUGGCGCUGGGUGCACUAUGUGUUGUUUUGCCAGCUGCUGCUCAUAAAAUUAAAGCGACUGCAUCAAAAUUUAUGUUGGCUUGGCUAUUGGAGCAUGAGCAUGAACACCGUCAGUGGACGGCUGGUAUAUCUCUUGGAUUGAUUUCUUCGUCUCUACAUGUGACUGACCACAAGCAGAAACUUCAGAAUAUAUCUGGACUUUUUGAGGUUUUGUGUAGCAGUAAAAGCACUCUUGUAAAAGGAGCCUGUGGGGUUGGAUUGGGUUUUUCAUGCCAAGAUCUGCUCACACGGACUGAAGCCUCUGCGAGCUCUGAUAUAGACAGUGAGUCCCACAAGAACCAAGAAGAAGGGCUCUUGGGAAGGAUAGUGAGGUUGAUAUCUUCAAUAUUACAAUAUUUCCUGCACACUCCGUGUGAAAUCCUAGAAAGCUUGUCUGCGCUGUUCCCACCUGGAAAGGAAGACAACGUUGCAGGUUUACCUCAGCUGUUGGAUGAGAACUCUGAUGAUUUUGAUGAUGAUACAUGGGGUAUUGCUGGACUCAUUAUAGGUCUGGGGAUGUCAGUUGGUGCAAUAUACAGAGCUGGGAAGAAAGACGCUGUUGUAAAGAUUAAAAACCUUAUCGUAUCAUGGAUCCCAUAUGCAGAUUCUCCUAUGCAAACUCCAGGCUCUAAUAGUAACGUAUCAGUGAGAGUUUUUUCAGCCGGUUCCUGUCUUGCACUCCCAAUUGUGGUCACUUUCUGCCAAAAAGUGGAACUGUUUGAUGCACAUGAGGUGGAUCAUCUAAUCAAUUGUUUCAAGGACCUUAUUUCUGAGUUGCUAAUUGUUAAAAAUUCUGGUGCUUUUCAUAAGAGUUUGUUGAUGGCUUCCUGUAUUGGGGCUGGAGACCUCCUUGGAUCUAUUCUGAAUGAAGGUAUCCACCUUGUGGAGGUUGAGUCUGUAAAAGGCUUACUAGAAUUGUUUAAGACAUGUUACUCUCUACUUUACCCACCGGUUGUUCACUUUGGUGGCAUGCUCGGAGUUGUUAACGUUUUAGGAGCAGGUGCUGGAAAUUUGGUGUGUUCCCAUCCUCUACCUCGUGCCCCUUCAAGUUCUGAGGAAAACAAAAUCUCUUCUGUAUCAGGUCCUUUGCUUUCAAAUUCAUAUUUAACUCAGCAGUUGACGCCACUUGUGCAAGAAAUAUUCCUUAUCGCACAAAAUACUAAGGAUCGACAAGUGCAACAUUAUGCUGCAUGGGCCAUCUCAGUACUUAGGAAUUACAUGCGAUCCAGGGAUGUGUCAAGUCUAGACAAUGAAAUCCAAUCUGACGACUCUCACCGUAAUUCCGUCUCUCACAAUGUUCCCGAGCAUGCCAUGGUCAUGAAACUUGCUCAAGGCCUAAAAAAUCCAAGUUUGUUUUCGGCAGGUAACUCUCUAAAUAUUGGCACAAUGGCAAGUGCUUUGCGGUGUUUGUCUCACUCUCCGAGAUUGCCAAACUUGGACUGGGGAGCAACAAUAAGGCGGUUAAUGAAACAAGAGACUCAGAGUGAUGCAUCACAAUCAGAAGAUCUUCCCAAGGAAAGAACUCUUAGGGAAGAGUGCUUGAAAUUUUCAUUAGCCCACGCAAGCGAAUUUGAUGAACUUCUAGUUUUUUUGGACGAGUUGUCUGAACUAUCCAGAUUCAAGGCACUAGAACAGAGUCUCCAAUCAUGCCUGCUCUGUCAUCUAGGGGAUUUGAUGAGAAUGUUCUCAGGUUCAAGAAUUGAUAAAUUGUUUGAUGAUAUCUCUUGCUUCGUAAUCUCGCUAUCUUCAGACCAAGCAUAUAGCUGCGAUCAGAAAACUUCGUUGAGGGUCUCUUGUUGGAAGGGACUGAGCCAGUGUCUCGAAGGAACUUCGUUUGAAUCUUCAGAAUACAUCACAAAGAUUGAAAAAUGCAUAGAGUUGCUCUUUGCGGUCUUACCAGUAGCAUCACAAUCUCCGAAAGCAGAUGAGAUGGGUUCGGUGAAAGAGUGGUCGGAGGCAGUUAGGUGUUUGCAGAUGUCGCAUCGGGAUUGGUUAUACAAAUUUCUACAGGUUUCGAGUCUUGAACCUGAAAACGGAAAGACUGACUUCCAAGGUAAUCUAAAGAAGAUCCAGGCAAAAGCCAAGCUAGCAAGACUUGGCUCAAUUCCAUUUUCCGAGUUAGGAAAAUUGAAGGCUAUUAUAUUAAACUGUGAACAGUCAGAUAUUUGGGAUGUGCACAUUGAUAUAGUAGCGGCUCUGUAUCACGCCGAAGGAGGAAUCAAAAGACAAUGGCUCAUUGAUGCUGUUGAAAUCAGCUGCGUUUCUAGCUAUCCAUCCAAUGCUAUUAUCUUUGUUGGUCUUCUCUCUAGUAUCUGCUGCGAAUACAUGCCGUUUCUCACUUUAGACCGAUCCAUGGUUUUGAGCGAUAUGUCUGUCACCGUAACUUCUCUCCUGUCUGAUCACAACUGGGAAGUUGUUGCAGAGCCUUUCAUCUCGUUUCUAUGGACAUCGUUGGAGCGUGUUUACAGUUUUGCAACUGACUCAGACGCUAAUGCAAGGCUAAGUAGUUCACAGCAAAUUGAUGGAAGCGAAAGAGAUUAUGCGCCAAUGCUUGUGAAGGUGAUGCAUCACAUUUGUGUAGCCUUCAGAGACUAUUUACCUCUUGAGAAGCAGCUUACGCUUGCUGCUAUGGUCAUUUCUUGAUUCCUUUAAAAAAAAUAUUGUAUAGUUUUUAUAUUUAGGAGACUGGUGUGAUUUCGAAGGGAACUUUCAUGGCCCUACUGUUGUAUUUGUUAGAGAUAAUAUAUUACAGUGAAUAGUAAUGGGUUCAUAAUAUGUAGAUUUUGGUUUUGGUCCAAAGCUUCAUACAUUUAAUAUGGGAAAUACGUAACCGGUUUUGUCUUCAUGUUGUUACGAAUUCA